AUUCAACUGCAAAUUCUGCCAAUCAAACACGUACAACGAUUCUAAACAAUAUGUCAGUACCUCCUUCCCCAAGUUUGACCUCACCAGUAAACGCAACUGGGUUCAAUUUUCCACCGGCUGGUCCAUCACAAAUUCCUUUACACGGUCCUCCAAGUCGUGCCAAUUCAAUGAAUUCCGGACAAUCACUUUUUAUUCCUUCAAAGCGUCGACCUUCGCAAUUAACACAACCCUAUCCUAAAGUAGGAACAUCGCAAGGUUCGGAAUCACCUACCGAACCGAAGGUGGUCACCAUUACCCAAGGCAAAAAAUAUCAAAAACCAUCAAGAAUUCAAAUGAUUGAUAUAUCAACGGGGUCAAAAAUUAUUAAGGACCAGGAGGAAUCAAAGCGGCAGACUCAAUUAGAGGAACAACAAUCGAAGGAAGCACGACGACUUGAAAGAGAAAAAAAGCAGGAAGAAAAACGACGUGAAGAGGAAGAGAAGAGACAACAAAAAGAACAAGAAAAGGCUGAAAGGGCCGAAAAGCAACGGUUAAAAGAAGAAGCUAAAAGAAGAAGAAGUGAAAAGACCGAAAGGAAGACUACUACGAAGGUCAACACCACAACCGAAACUGAAAUUACGGACGCACAAGCAAAUGCCUAUCCAGGUGAUGAAGUAGUUGAAGAGGAAACCGUCUCUGAUGGAGAGAUGUCUCAUAAAAAUCCCCAAACGAUCGUUGCAUCACCUACUUCUUUAUCACCGCCAGCGAAUCAAUUUACUGAUCAGAAUAUCGAUAGCUCAACAACUAACACUAACUUUGUACAUGAAACUUUGACCGAAGCAGAGCCAUUGAGGCAACCGAUGACAUCUGACGUUACUCCAGUACAACAACCAAUGCAAUUGCAACCGGCAUCUCAGCAGUUUGAAGAACAGCCUAGGCGUAAUAUGUCUCCUUCAGAAAGACUUCUUUUUGAACGAAAUUGCGUUGCAGUAUUAACCGAAGCAAAUAAAGUUAAUGAUAAUGCCUAUUUAAGACAAAUAAUUAUUAACUUUUUAGGCGGUGUUCAUGCAGAGACAAAUGAACUCAAAGCUGCUUCUGUUGGUAUCCUUAAUUCCGACGAUCCUGUGCGUCAAAUAAUUUUGCACGAAGAGACUGCCCGAAACCAUGAUGGCAAAGCAACCACAGAAACUUUAAUCUUUGAAAUUAAUUUGAACAAUGGACAGUGGAGAAAACUCAAGAGAAAGAAAGUAAAGGGUCUCAGAAAUCAAACAAACGAUGGAUCAAGCAGCAAGAUGAACGGAAGACAGCAGAAUGGUGAAACUUGA